UAUAAUUAUUUGAAGUUUGAGAUUUGUAGAUCUACUCCUCGACUCAAGAGAGAGGAGAGAUACUUGGUACGCCUGCAGCCUUAGCCUGCAGGAAUAUAUAUCGAUAUAUCUACAGAUGGAAUCCAGCAGAGGAGGUGCGAUCGUAGAAAUCAAAGUGGUGUCGUGCAAAGAUCUGAAAGCCUUCAAUUUCUUCCAGAAGCUGUCAGUUUACGCGCUUGUGUCGGUGCAAAAGGAUGACAAUAAGCAGCAGGUGGUGGUGGAUCAACAAAAACAAAUGAUGAAUAGAACACCAACAGAUAAGGAAGGAAAUGGGAAUCCAGAAUGGAAUCACGAGAUGCGCUUUGAGUUUGAUCAGUUUGAUGACGAUGAUGAUCUCUUCAUUCACUUCGAUCUACGACACGAGGGUGUGGGCCUGUUGGGAAUCGGAGACAGGAGUAUAGGAGAGGUUCGUGUGCCCUUGAAGGAUCUCAUACGCCUACAACAGCAGCAGGAUGCAUUGGCAACGUACGUAAAUUAUCAGGUGACGACUAGCGAUAAAAAGCCCAAUGGGAUACUGAACUUCUCCUACAAACUACUGAAUUCCAAGCUACCUUACAAAUUUGAGUACUGGAAGUCAUGAUGUUCAUGAUCAUCAGCCGCUGCGUAUCCAAUAUCCCACAAUUACAUUUGAAGACGAUGACGAUGAUAUAUGUAUUAGCAAUAGCAAUAUUAGCAGCGCCGGCUACCACAACAAGUUCAACAGCAGUACCCAAGUCUGCAAUCCGGCCAGCUCGCUAAUGGAAUUACAUCAAACUCAUACUAGUAAUGCGCAUUACAAUUAUAAUCCUCCUCCGCCACCACCGGUGCUACCCCCAGCAGAUGAUCAUGUUCAUGCCUAUUAUCUACCUCCGCCACCGCCACCGCCACCUCCUCAUCCUCCUCCUCCGCCACCGCCCAUGGCAGAAUAUAAUUAUCUUCUACCUUCUCAUCCAACUCGCCCGUUCCAUCAUCCUUACCAUGAUUACGGUCCUUGGAGACCAGAAUUUAGACCACCGCGGCCACAUGGACAUUGACAUCAGCUGGAGGUCAUAAUUGGGUUUUUUUAAUCAAUUAGUUUGAUAUAUUAAUAAUAACGGGAGAGAUCGUCGACGUGGUUGGUACUGGUACUGGUAGCUAUUUCAUUGUAACCCUGGCCAACCGGUCUGACUUUGACUGACUGCCGGUUGGGAAAUAGGGAUUUUUCCAAUUUGACGUUCCUUUUCUUUUCUACUAAAUUACUGUGUUUUUUUUUUCUAUUUUUAUUUUUUAAUAUAAUGAUAUAUUUGUAAGAAGUGCGGAAUAAAAUAAUAUCAUACUCGCAAUUUACCAUAUUUAAA